AUGGCGCGAGCAACAUCCAGCCAGUUGCUAAAAGCAACUGGCUUGACAGAAGAAACGCGUAGCCACUCAUUUCAAUCUGCGAUUGAAAAAAGAUCUAAGGUGAACCAGGCUAAGACCCAAUCCACAUUCCAGCAAGACAACGACCCGGAGAUUGAAGAGGCAAUAUCAAUUUUCAAUACCUUGCGGCAGCUGAUAACUGUAUGGAUUCGGCUUCCGAUGUUCCCGUUGUCUGAUCACUUCACACAAAGGAAGAUCACACCCAAACUCGAAACUUGGACUUGGAGAACAAGAAGGCUGCGAGGGACGAUACGUGGAAAAGCGGACCGAAGUGAAUUUGGAAAACAAGAAUGGCACAAGCAACAUUACGUGGAAGAAGGGAUCAAAGGGGAUUUGGAGAACAAGAAGGUUGCGAACAACGUUUCGUCGUAG